CAAAUAUAAAUCACCAUUCUUUCUUCUGACAAUCCUUCGUCGUCUUUCUCCAUUCUUCCUUGCUCACUGUAAUCUUGUUCUUGUUCUUGCUCCUGUGUUUCUUCCCAUCAACGAUCCGCAAAAAUGCUCGCAGUUUUCGACAAAUCGGUGGCCAAAGGCCCCGAUGCUCUCACCAGUCCUGAAUCCGGCUCCGUUUCUUCCCUGAAAGAUGGCUUCCUCGCAAAGCACUUCGCCUCCGUACACUCCACUCCCGUCUCCGUCAAUCUUGGCUCCGCCGGUCUCAUGGUAUAUUCUAUGGACAAACAGAACCCUCUCCUCCCAAGAUUAUUUGUUGUUGUGGAUGACAUCUUCUGCAUAUUUCAAGGCCACAUUGGGAAUGUUGCUAAUCUCAAGCAGCAAUAUGGGUUGAACAAAACAGCAAAUGAGGCAAUCAUUGUCAUAGAGGCUUACCGUACUUUAAGAGAUCGUGGUCCUUACCCCAUUGAUCAGGUUGUGAGAGAUUUCCAAGGGAAAUUUGCAUUUAUUCUGUAUGACAGUAGUUCUAAAGCUGCAUUUUUGGCUGUGGAUAUUGAUGGGAGUGUUCCCAUCUUCUGGGGAACUGAUGCUGAUGGAAAUCUUGUUCUUUCAGAUGAAAAGGAGACUGUAAUUAAGGGCUGUGGGAAAUCUUUUGCCCCAUUCCCUAAAGGAUGCUUCUUCACAUCAUCUGGAGGUUUGAGGAGUUUUGAGCAUCCACUUAACGAGUUGAGGCCCGUACCAAGGGUUGACAGCUCCGGUGAAGUAUGCGGUGCAACUUUCAAUGUCGAUCCUGAUGCCAAAAAGGAAAGUCCCAGCAUGCCAAGAGUUGGGAGUGCUGCUAACUGGUCUAACUAUUGAUGAUGCAGACCUGUUGUAUCUGCACUAAUUACCCACUUAAAUUUCAUAAUCUGUUUCCAUCAUGAGAACUAGUGAGGCCUUAGUGAGUGCUAAGCUUUGUGACAUUCAUUUUAUUUUCAUGAAGCUUCACAGGGUGCUUAAGCUGUUGUUUUCUUAUGCUAGACACUGAGUACGGUGAAGUUGAUGGUUUCUGGGCACACGAAGCAUGUAAUAUCAAUAAUAUGGCCUUGAAUA